UAGCCUCUUCCACAACCAACCUUCAUCCUCCAUUGGUCAUUCAGGCACUUUGCAGGAGCACGAAGCCAAAAAAUCAACCGGCAGCCAUGAGGAUCCUCUAUGUUCUCUUUGCUGUUGUCCUCCUUCUCUUCCAGGCUUCUUCAGGUUCCACAGAUUCCCUUUUUCCUGACACCACAGAGUGCAGGAACCAGGGAAAUUUCUGCCGUGCUGGCUCAUGCCCACCCACCUUCACUGUCUCAGGGUCAUGCCAUGGGGGACUGCUGAGAUGCUGCUCAAGGUAA